AUGGCCGCCAACCUCAUCGCCAUCCUUUUCGCUGUCCUUGUCCUCCGGCUUUGCUACCUGCUCAUCCAUGCUCUGUAUCUCUCUCCCCUCCGCCAUAUCCCCGCCCCGUUCAUGGCCCGGGUGACAUCGAAACGCCCCCUCUGGCAUCUUCUCACCGGCCGGGCGGAAACCGCAGCGCGCAAGGACUAUUCCACCUAUGGGGACAUCUACCUCUGCAAGCCCAACGCAGUGUACCUGUGCGACCCCCACGAUGCCUGUACAGUGCUCAGCUCGCACGCCUUCCGCAAAACGGACAUGUACCGGGUGUUUGAAUACGAGGGCAUCCCCAACGUCUCCACCUUUACGGACCCGGCGGAGGCGCAGCGCCGUCGGCGACAACUGCAUCCGUUCUUCAACAAUUCGUAUCUGACCCAGAUGGAGCCAGUCAUGCUGCGUUACGGGGUCCAGGCUCUCAAAGCGCGCUGGGAUGCCCUGCUGGCGGACCGCAAGAAGGUGGAGGUGAACUACCGGUACGAUACCCAGCUGGCCAUGUUUGACAUCACUGGGGCGCUCGUGUUUGGGCGCGAUUUCCACGCCCUGGAAACUCGCAAUCUCGUGUAUACAAAAUGGGUCAACAAUACGCUGUCGUACAUGCUAGUGAGCCACUACUUUCCGUGGGUCAAGCAGUUCCCAUUUUCCCGGUUGGUGAGGGGUCUCAAACAGUCGUACGAUGACCUGGUGGCCUUUAGCCAGGAGUCGAUUGCCAUCCGCCAGGCAGACUUGCAGGCUGGGCGUCCUAAGAAAGCGGACCUACUGCAGGCGCUCCUCGACGCGGAAGACCCAGAGUCCAAGGUCCCUAUGAGCUCGCGCGAGGUGCAGGCGGAGAGCAUCGCCAUGCUGGUUGGAGGCAGCGAGUCGACCUCAUCGGUCAUCUCCUGGGUGAUUCACUUUCUCCUGCUCUACCCAGAUCAUCUUCGAGCGGUUGUGGCCGAGACUCGCGCCAACUUCCCCGCGGAUCACAUCAUCACAUUCAACGAGAGCAAGGCCAAACUCCCCUAUCUCGAGGCCUGCAUUUACGAGACCCUGCGUUGUAUCCCGACCGCGAGCACCUCCUUCCCCCGUGUCUCAGACCAGCCCAUCACCCUUAAGGGUUACUACAUCCCUGCGGGCACGGAAAUCGCCACUAACAAGUGCGCGGCACAUCUGCACCAGCCGUCCUGGGAGGAUCCAGAGCGAUUUUAUCCACCACGCUUCCUCAAACAGGAGACAUACCACGAAACCCGGCGGAAUAUGCUCUCGUUUGCCUACGGCACGCGGUUCUGCAUUGGCCGCAAUCUGGCCUGGGCGGUGAUGAUGGUGACGCUGGCCAAUCUGUUCAAGGAUUACGAGGUGGAGUUACCUGAGGACAGUCGCUUUGGCCCCACUAUCCUCGAUGCAAGGGGGAGGCCUAGAAUCAUGCCCACGAAGAUGGGGGUGGCCACCAUGCCGGCAGAUCCUGAGAGGGAUUGUCGAAUGGUAUUGUCAGCGAGAAUUACAGAGUGA